GCUGGUAGCAGCAGAGGGCUCAGAGCCUCGCUUCAUGAAGGAAGAAGAAGAAGAGGAGGAAGUAGAAGAGAGCAGCGAGGAGGAGGAAGAUGAGAUGACUCCUGAAGAACAAGCCAAAAAGAAGCAUUUUCAGAUGAUGAGGAAGAUGCACUACAACGAGGGCAUGAACAUCAAGCUGGCCCGCCAGCUCAUUGCCAGCGAGCUAGAAGAGGACGAAGACGUGGACGAAGAGAUGAGGGACGACACAGAAGAGGCGAGGGAGGAAACGGAGGAGAUCAAUGUUGACCCACCACAGGAAGCUGAUUCCCUGGACUCGUAGAUGAGGCCCCUCUUCUACCUUCAGCCCUGUGUGUCGGCUCAAGAUGCAGAAAGACAAUGCCACUGCGCUCUGUGUUUUAAUGCCGGGCCGUACAGCAGACACCGCUUCACCACCCAUAUAACAACCCUCAGCAGCCAAUAACCUCCUGGUCACCUGUCUGUCUCUACUAUUCCUUAGAACUGUGCAAUAUAACCUUAAAACACACUGGUUUUUAACUCCCAGAAUCAGUACACACAAGUGAAGCUCCUUCCUCUUCCUCUCUCUCCUGUUGCCAAGAAUCCCCCCCCCCACUCCAACUUCCUCUGAACUGGCGUCGCACUGAAGAAUAUUUGAUUCUGACUCUGCAAGGAGGAUCAAAAAAACCCAGCAGGGCUCCCGUCUGGCUGCUCAACAGUCACCAGGCCGCAGAGCCAGUACGUCAGCCCUGGAGGAAACCAGGGGAAACCCAACGGCCUCACUAAAGGCAUAUCUGAGACAUGACGACGGCACUUAUACUGGGUGCACUUCAGAUGGCUUUUAUUUUUGUUUUGCUUUGUGACCCACCACUCUGUUUGCAUUUUCUCUUCUCCUUUCAGUGUGUUUUGUGACAAAAGUUGGACACUGAUGACCACUUGUAGGUUUUUGUUUGUGUGACUUUACCUGGUAAUUCAGGUAAGUUGUUGACAUUAGCAUGAUGGUGGUAUGACAAUUUAGGAGCUAUAUAUUGGUCGAACAGUAGCUCCUAAACAUAACCUUCGUAAUCUAAAUUACAUUAUUAAAAAAAAUCAUUAUUCAACCAACAAUACAAGUGAAACAACACACAUGGUCCGUAUUAUAUUGGCUAAAUUGUCCCAGGAUGUCUUAUUUUACGUUCUCUCUUUACAAGCAAAAACCUCAUUUCAAAUUCUGGCAAUUUUAAAAGCAUUUAAAUCAAUCAAUCAGUUUAUUUUGUGAAAGAAGAUCUUAAAAAUGUUUAGUCAAGACUGAGUCAGGCUUAUGACCCCUGUGUUUUUCCUGGCCAUUUUAGCUCUUUAAAAUAGAAGUACAGCACAUGCUACUGAUAAACAGGACCGUGUCCCGUGUUUAACAGGCUACAGCUUUCAGCGCCAGGCUCUUAUGUAGGGUAGACAAAGAAGCAACCAGCGCUCAUUGUACUCUCGCGCCCAGACGACCUGCGUAUUUAACUUCUCGUUGCAUGAGAGCUUCACCAGGCAGAAUUUGUGAAGAAGUUCUUGAGGAAAGUACAAUCAUCUAGUUUGUGUUUUAAUUUCUCACCUGGCUUCAAUACACUUUAUUUAAUGUUGUCUGAUGUACUUAAGUGUGUACGACGCAGCUUGGUAAUGUGAAAGAGUUGCCAUUGAUGCUACUGACAAGUUGGUUGAAGCGGAUGUUGGGGAAAGGAGUUAACCACUAAGGUUUAUUGGAGGUGAAUGGUUUUUGUAAUGUCUUGGGUUCCUAAGUGUCAAGAAAGUUACUGCAAAGUCUUAAAAAACUGAUUUGACAAAAGUAUUGAUGAAAAUAAAUAAAUAAAUUGCAAUGGUAAUGUUGUUGACUGUCAGUUUCUGGGGAGUGAUCCUCAGCUACACACUGGAAGGUUUUACUUGGCAGUUGAAUGAAGAACCAAAUGCCCAAAGAGAAAAGUAUGUUGGAACUCUGAGUAUGUCUAGUGUUGUGAUCUCUUAAUGUUCUUCAGACCCUUUAAUUCUUCACUGUGUUGAGCUCUGUAUUACAGAAACACAGGAUCACAGACCCAACAGACGGACUUCUGCAGACGUCCCUUUGCGGUUUAGUUCUUGUAAUUUAGUCUUCGGUGGCAUUUUUUGUCUCCACGUUAAAGUUUAAAGCAACUUCCUUUCGACUAUUUCCCACCAAUCAACAAGCUCACAUUCAAGCAGUUUAUUAUCACACGAUUAUUGUAAAGAAACAGGAAUAGUUAUGUCUUGAAAUACAUUUUUUUUAAUUUUGGUUUAUUUGUAAACCGAUAGAAAAGACAACGGCAGAGAAGCGGAUACGCUCGGUUUAUCUUCUCUUAAGACAAAAGGACAACGUCGUCCGAAACGUAACUGACAUGAUCACCCCAUCGGUGGUUGUUACCUGUCAAAUGUGCCUCUUACGUAUUUAUGUACAUGUGUGUAAAAUGAACAGGCUAUGCCCCAUGUUAAGGUUUUUUGUUGUGUGCCGUUUUUCUUUUGCCUCACGUGUCCAGUGUCUCGCUUUUUACUUUUGCACCACUUUGUUUUGUUUUCUAAGGAUGACAGACUGUUAGGGAGCCCUGUGACUCUGGACUGUGUGUCUGUCUCAAAAUGACACAGAUGUCAAAAUCCAUGUUUAUGUAUUUCCAGUUGGCAUGUUCGAAAUCAUCAGUUGGUUUGUUAUUCUGUUUUGUUUUUGUCUCCUGUCAUUAAACAAAUGUUGUUAGUAACUAACAA